GUCGCUUUGGAUAAAAGCGUCUGCUAAAUGGCAUAUAUAUAUGGUAGCAACACAACAUGACAACAACAUGGUAGCAUUACAACAUGGUAGCAACACAACAUGACAACAACAUGGUAGCAGCACAACAUUUACAUGGUAGCACUACAACAUGGUAGCAGCACAACAUGACAACAACAUGGUAGCAACACAGCAUGACAACAACAUGGUAGCAACACAGCAUGACAACAACAUGGUAGCAGCACAACAUGACAACAACAUGGUAGCAACACAACAUGACAACAACAUGGUAGCAAUACAACAUGACAACAACAUGGUAGCAGCACAACAUGACAACAACAUGGUAGCAACACAACAUGACAACAACAUGGUAGCAAUACAACAUGACAACAACAUGGUAGCAACACAGCAUGACAACAACAUGGUAGCAGCACAACAUGACAACAACAUGGUAGCAACACAGCAUGACAACAACAUGGUAGCAGUACAACAUGACAACAACAUGGUAGCACCACAACAUGACAACAACAUGGUAGCAACACAACAUGACAACAACAUGGUAGCAGCACAACAUGACAACAACAUGGUAGCAACACAACAUGACAACAACAUGGUAGCAACACAACAUGACAACAACAUGGUAGCAACACCACAUGACAACAACAUGGUAGCAACACAACAUGACAACAACAUGGUAGCAGCACAACAUGACAACAACAUGGUAGCAACACAACAUGACAACAACAUGGUAGCAACACCACAUGACAACAACAUGGUAGCAACACAACAUGACAACAACAUGGUAGCAGCACAACAUGACAACAACAUGGUAGCACCACAACAUGACAACAACAUGGUAGCAACACCACAUGACAACAACAUGGUAGCACCACAACAUGACAACAACAUGGUAGCAACACAACAUGACAACAACAUGGUAGCAGCACAACAUGACAACAACAUGGUAGCAACACAACAUGACAACAACAUGGUAGCAGCACAACAUGACAACAACAUGGUAGCAGCACAACAUGACAACAACAUGGUAGCAGUACAACAUGACAACAACAUGGUAGCAGCACAACAUGACAACAACAUGGUAGCAGUACAACAUGACAACAACAUGGUAGCAGUACAACAUGACAACAACAUGGUAGCACCACAACAUGACAACAACAUGGUAGCAACACAACAUGACAACAACAUGGUAGCACCACAACAUGACAACAACAUGGUAGCAACACAACAUGACAACAACAUGGCAGCAGCACAACAUGACAACAACAUGGUAGCAACACAACAUGACAACAACAUGGUAGCAGCACAACAUGGUAGCAACACAACAUGGUAGCAGCACAAAACAUGGUACAAACAUUGUUGGGCACAGACAACUGCACGAAGGGCAAGAAGGUAGAGACAACAAUACAUCAUGAGAAGCAGCCACAACUGUCAGUAAGAGUGUCCAUGAUUGAGUCUUUGAAUGAAGAGAUUGAGAUAAAACUGUCCAGUAUCUCAGAUCGGGGGGGGGUGAGGCCUAAGAGUGUUUUUAUAAAUAAGCAUCAAUAUUUAAAUUAAUGCUCUUCUAAAUGUAUUUUGUAACUUUUCCCUUGGAAGGGAUUAACUGCAAGGGUCCUGCCACUUCAUAUGAAUGAACUGGUCGACCUGGUUUAAGGGGACACAGUGAACAUGUGGGAGGUGGGGCCUAUUUCAUCAAGGCUCCUCCCACAUCAUAUGAAUGAACUGGUCCACCUGGUUUAAGGGGACACAGUGAACAUGUGGGAGGUGGGGCCUAUUUCAUCAAGGGUCCUGCCACUUCAUAUGAAGGAACUGGUCCACCUGGUUUAAGGGGACACAGUGAACAUGUGGGAGGUGGGGCCUAUUUCAUCAAGGCUCCUCCCCGGUAAUGUGUAUUUAUCUUUCAAAUCCUGGAAUGUUCUCCAACCGUUACUGUCCGUGAUAUCGCCAUGGGUACGACAGAUUCCACAUGUGGACCAUUUGGUUGGAAGGCAUCAUUGUGAAAUACUGGAGCAUGGGCCAUUUUGAGUCCCAUUUACAUUGUUUUUCAAUUUUGUACCAAAUAGAGAUUGUGAGUAGUUUACAUUGUUUAAGGGAUAUAAUCAGUGGAGACCACCUCUUCCAGGACAAUAGGAGACACCAUUAAGGGAUAUCAGUGAAGACCACCUCUUCCUGGACAAUAGGAGACACCAUUAAGGGAUAUCAGUGGAGACCACCUCUUCCUGGACAAUAGGAGACACCAUUAAGGGAUAUCAGUGGAGACCACCUCUUCCUGGACAAUAGGAGACACCAUAUUAUAAUAUAAUAAUAAUAUAUGCCAUUUAGCAGACGCUUUUAUCCAAAGCGACUUACAGUCAUGUGUGCAUACAUUCUACGUAUGGGUGGUCCCGGGAAUCGAACCCACUACCCUGGCGUUACAAGCGCCAUGCUCUACCAACUGAGCUACAGAAGGACCACUCUCUCAUUCCCCAGAUGAUCUGAACUCUCUCUCUCUCAUUCCCCAGAUGAUCUGAACUCUCUCUCUCUCAUUCCCCAGAUGAUCUGAACUCUCUCUCUCAUUCCCCAGAUAAUCUGUACUCUCUCUCUCUCAUUCCCCAGAUGAUCUGAACUCUCUCUCAUUCCCCAGAUAAUCUGUACUCUCUCUCUCUCAUUCCCCAGAUGAUCUGAACUCUCUCUCUCUCAUUCCCCAGAUAAUCUGUACUCUCUCUCUCUCAUUCCCCAGAUGAUCUGAACUCUCUCUCUCUCAUUCCCCAGAUGAUCUGAACUCUCUCUCUCUCAUUCCCCGGAUGAUCUGAACUCUCUCUCUCAUUCCCCAGAUAAUCUGAACUCUCUCUCAUUCCCCAAAAAUCUGAACUCUCUCUCUCAUUCCACCAGAUAAUCUGAACUCUUUCGCUCUCAUUCCCCAGAUAAUCUGAACUCUCUCUCAUUCCCCAGAUAAUCUGUACUCUCUCUCUCUCAUUCCCCAGAUAAUCUGUACUCUCUCUCUCUCAUUCCCCAGAUAAUCUGUACUCUCUCUCUCUCAUUCCCCAGAUAAUCUGAACUCUCUCUCUCAUUCCCCAGAUAAUCUGAACUCUCUCUCUCAUUCCCCAGAUAAUCUGAUCUUUCUCUCUCUCAUUCCCCAGAUAAUCUGAAUUCUCUCUCUCCCAUU